AGCUGUCUCCAGCCUGCAUCAGAUGUUAUUAACUCACUACACACCAAACACAACUACAACAAAGAAACGGCAAGCACUUUGAAGAGCCAAACAAAAAACGGCCCGCAAAAAAUGGGACUUAAAGGUUAUAGCGUCGGAGGAGAAGUUGGAGGAGAGAUAGUUGAGGUUCAAGGCGGUCACAUAAUCCGAGCCACUGGUCGAAAAGACCGUCAUAGCAAGGUCUUCACGUCGAAGGGUCCACGUGACCGGCGCGUGAGACUCUCAGCUCACACGGCGAUUCAAUUCUACGAUGUGCAAGACCGGUUAGGGUAUGACCGGCCAAGCAAAGCCGUGGAUUGGCUCAUCAAGAAAGCGAAAUCCGCCAUCGAUAAGCUCGAAGUCAGUCAAGAACCGGAGACUAAUAUUAACACUAAACCGGGACCUUCUUCGUCCGAGCCCAGUUUGGUUAAUAACCAAACGAACCAGACGCAGUUCGUGGCGGCCAAUCUUGAUCCUGAAGACGCAAUGAAAACGUUCUUCCCGGCGACGGCGACAACAAACGGCGGCGGUGGUGGUACAAACAUGAAUUUCCAGAACUACCCUCAUCAUAAUGACGACAACAUAGUCUCAAGAACAGCAGCGACAACACCGAACCUUAGCCAAGAUCUUGGACUCUCUCUUCACCCAUUUCAAGGACACAACAACAACACAGUAGUCCCCGAGACCAACAAUUUCGCCACGGCUCAUUUCGAGACAUUCGGGAGAAUCUCUGGAUGGAAUCAUCACGACUUAGCGAUGACGUCAUCGUCAUCACCAUCAGAAAACCAGCAAGAACAAGAAAGGAGCAGUGGUGGUUUCAUGGUGAAUCAUCAUCAACCAUCGAUGAUGACAUUGCUUAACAGUCAGCAGCAACAAGUGUUUCUUGGUGGCCAACAACAACAAAGGGGUACCCUUCAGUCCAGUUUAUUCCCUCAUUCGUUUCGUUCUUGGGAUCAUCAUCAAACCACAUCGGAUCAUCAUCAUCACCACAAUCAAGCUUCAUCUUCUGUGAUGUUUGCUUCUCCAUCACAGUUUGUUUCCCCAUCCAUGGAGAAGAAGCUACUCAACCAAACUCUUCUUCUUCUCCUCCAACCUCACACCUCUAAAACACAGGGUAACAACAAUGAGAUGGAAGGAGAGUACGCGAUACAU